GUUGUCGAUUGACUGUUGGAAUUAGUGGUCACGCCUGCUGAUUUUCGUGCAUAGGCUGACCUCGCUUCUCGAACGCAUGGAACCGUCAGAGCGCAGGUGACACCGGCCUUCAAAGCACGGCCAUCGUCCCGACUAGUGUCCAUAUUCGGAGAUGCUCCUCGGCAGACUUCUGAUCGGAGGCCCACAUAUGCUUUCCACCAUCGCAUGACCGGUCUGUUCCCCAGACUGUUGCUCACUUAUCUCAGAUCGAAAUCACGUUCCACCGGUUGACAUAGCUACAAUGGAGCCUGCGGCACUUGAUUUGUCCAAGAUGGAUCGCAGAAAUUCCGCGGCUGUAAAGAGGAGGGUUAGCAGGGCGUGCGAUCAUUGCCAUCGCAUGCGCACUCGUUGUAAUGGACAAUCACCAUGCUCCAGAUGUAUAGAGCUCGAGUAUGUCUGCCAGUACAAUAGAGAGAAAAAGCGUCGUGGAAAGGUACCAAGACACAUCCAGAAACAAAGAGAAGCAGACGCAGCAGCAUCAGGCAGUCCACAGACACCCAAUGAACUCCAAGUUGCAACAAACAAUCUUUUCGAAAAGCCUACUGUUGCAACUGAGAUCGACGAUGAACACUGGUCGCAAUCCGAGCCGACGCCAGUAGCGCAACACUUCGUUACUGACGGCAAGGCCAGCCUGCACAAUCCUCCUCCUGCAGAAUGGCAGAGUUUCAACCCUGGGGUGCCAUUUAACCCGCCAGUAACACACAUGAUGAUCGAUCCACUACUGCUGGGUUCCAUGCAUGAGAUGCCACGCAAUGAGGAGCUUAUUUACGCCAUGAACGGAUUGGCACCGAUGGCAGCAGAGUAUGCCAAUGUAGGGUAUCCAAUCCCGUUCCAAGCACCACGACAGUCAUCACCACCGCACAGUUAUGGCUCAACAGAUACCGGCUCGCCACAAUCCGGAGUAAGCGUCACCUCAUCACAAGCAGGCGUGAUAGCUUGCAGGUAUCCGGUCUUGAAGCCUCUCUUCUCACAUUUAGGCCCUAUCAUGAGCAUAUCAACUGCCUGUGACCUUCUCGAAUACUACUUCCAGAGCUCAUCGACCGUUUUCAUGGAGCCAGUAUCGCCAUAUAUCCUGGGAACGGUGUUCAGAAAACGAUCUUUCUUACGCCAGCACAAGCCAAGGAAAUGCAGUCCUGCUUUGCUCGCCAGCAUGCUCUGGGUCGCCGCACAGACGAGUGAGGCCACUUACCUGACUUCUUCGCCAUCAGCGCGGGCGAUCAUCUGCCAAAAGCUAUGGAAAUUGACGGUCGAUCUACUCAAACCAUUGGUCCACUCACCUUCCUCCAAUAGUCUCAACUCCGGUCGUGGCGGUGUCAGCUCAGUAUCACACGAUCAAUUCAACGUCGAAAGAACAAUAGGAAGAUACGAUGGCCGUAUGGACGGCGCCAUGCCACCUACCAGCAAUCUUGACGAUGUAGCAACGUACCUUAACCUAGGUGUGGUGACUUCGGCAAGUGAGUAUAAGGCAGCGUCGCUGCGAUGGUGGAAUGCAGCAUGGUCGCUUGCACGAGAGCUCAAGCUUGGAAGAGAGCUGCGAACAGAUUCUGCGAAAGACCGCAACAAUCAUGCAAAUGAAACUGGCGACGUGGAUAUAGGCACGCCAGCAGCAGCUUUGAUUGAGGAGAUGAAGGAGGAACGGCGAAGGUUGUGGUGGCUUCUGUACAUGAUCGAUCGCCACUUGGGACUCUGCUACAACCGACCUCUCGCAAUGCUCGACAACGAGUGCGAGGAUUUGUUCCAGCCCGUUCCGGACACAGUAUGGCAAGCUGGCGAAUUUUACACUGGACAUCAGGGGCGAAGAGGCAAGGGCCUCAACUUCCAGUGCACAUCGCAUGACGUGUUUGGUUUCUUCCUGCCACUCAUGACGAUCUUGGGCGAUAUUGUGGACCUGAAUGCGCAAAAGAACCACCCGAGAUUCGGACAGAGAACAUCGUGGGAGCUGCAUGAAGCGGAGAUUACGCGACAGCUGGAGAGCUACGCAUACAGCAUCGAAGAGUUCAAAUCUCAGCAUGGCUGUGGCAGGAACGAUGAUGUAAAUCCAACAAAUGGGACGCCCGACGAGGUGCGCAUGGAAUGGAUUCACCAGACACGGAAGGUGGCCGCAUACGCAACCCAUAUCAUGCACGUCCUGCAUAUUCUACUGCACGGAAAGUGGGAUCCUGUCGCAUUACUCGAAGACGACAACAUGUGGAUCUGUUCACCAUCUUUCCUCGCCGCAACAUCCAACGCAAUAUCUGCAGCACACGCAGUUGAGGAGAUACUCGAUCUUGACCCCGACCUUUCAUUUAUGCCGUACCUUUUUGGCAUGUACCUUUUACAGGGAAGUCUUAUACUGCUUCUGCUUGCAGAUAAGCUAUCUACUGAGACCAACGAGGGAGUGAUACGCGCUUGCGAGAUUAUUGUCCGCGCACAUGAGGCCGCGGUGGUUACACUCAACACAGAGUAUCAGAGAAACUUCCGGAAAGUUAUGAUCUCAACCUUGGCACAGAUCAAGGGUCACGGCCAUGCACGAGAGAUGACACCUGCGAAGCGUCGCGAAGUACUUUCGCUCUAUAGAUGGACCAGCCUUGGUAACGGCCUUGCAAUAUGAGCUCGGGCGCCCCGGGCACCGCGGGCGGGAAUGAAGCAGGGGGUGUACGAUACGUAUUAUGAUGUUAUGCAUACACAACUUACCAGCAACACGACACACGUUUGGGAAGUAAGCACAUGAUUACAUGAGCAAAGUUAUGAUUUUCGAGAUACCAAAUCCAAAAAGCGAAUCCUAGGAAAGGCAGCGCAGAUGAUACCGAUUUAUAGCCCCUUUUAGGGGGAAGCGAUUCAACGUAGAGACAGGCACGUUAGGCGUGCAAUGGAAAUAUCGCUUACUUGCUUCUCACCUGAUCUUCUUAGCCUUCCCGUUGAUCGUUGUGACACUGACUGUGCAAACUUAGCCCGGUGUCAGGGGUAAAUUUGAUACAAUAUACGUAGAUGCAUGAUCGCUAGGCGGUAGCGGAUGGCGGCACGGAAACGGAUA